UGCAUAUCUGCUGUAGUGUGAAAGCUGAAGAAAGAAAACUAAAUCAUUUUCAUCAAUUCACCUAUAAAAGAUUGUGUUCUCUGGCUUGCAUGAUCGAGCAUGCAAAUUCUUUAAGAUUUUAAGUCAACUGUGAAAACUUCCUUUUUCUUUACAACCUUAUUCUUUACAAGGGGUGGUGUGAGCUACAGGCUGCUGAAACUGCGUCUGCUGAGAUAUCAAGAUUUACACGAGAAUGAAUGCUCAGACAGUCGGGUGGCUGGUAUUUCUGACUCUAAUACAAAAUUUUUCUUUUGGCGAAAUAUCCCCCUUCAAUAUAGAACAACACAAACUGAAUGCUACAGAGGCUACAGAGGGGUCCUGCAUUGAAAUCAAGUGCACAGUCACACGAUCUCUUACUGAUGUUGGCGCCUCCUGGUUUUGGCUGAAGGAUGCAAAAUAUAUAGAUGCUGAUAAAGAUUAUACUGGCACUGUCAUUUACAGUACGGAUCAAUCUCAACGUCCUGUCAGUCCAGACUUUAAAGACAGAGUGAAAUACAUCGGCUAUUCACUUCUGAAGUGGAAAAAUGAUCUGUGCAGUAUUUUGAUCUGCAACCUGAAAAAAAGUGACAGUGGUCCGUACUCUUUCAGAUAUGUGGGACAGGGUGAUAGAAAAUGGAUAACGCAAAAAAACGUGACCCUCACUGUUACAGAAAAUCCAUGCCUGAUCACUUUUAACAAACCAUCUGUCAUUAAGGAAUCUGACAACGUAGAACUCACAUGCUCCACUUUAAGUUCAUGUCCUUCAAACCCACAAAUAGAAGAUUUGACACAGCUUACCUCGACACGUGUCUCAGACACUCAACAACAUAAUGAAACACCAAAAAGCACCAGAGUCAGUUUUCAAGCACGUUGGCAGGACGAUGGGAAGAUGUUUUCAUGUCAAACACAAGAUAACAAGGAUAAAUAUUUGAUUCGGAAUAUUAGUAUAACUGUCGAAUAUGCUCCUAAAGAAAUAGAGGCCAAGAUAAGUUCUGACAGUGUCAAGGAAGGAGAAUCUGUGACUCUCACUUGCUCUGCCAAAGGACGUCCCGUCCCCACAUUUACCUGGUUUAACAAUGGACACAAGCAGUUCUCAGAGGCAAAGUGGUUGAUCACAUCGGUUAAUGAGUUACAAACUGGAAACUACAGCUGUGAAGCUCGAAACCAACAUGGAUAUAUUACAUCAAACCCAGUCGUUAUUGAUGUUAAAUAUCCCCCUCAUGUUGAGAUAAUGAAGACUCCACCUGACUCUACAGUAGAACAAGGAGAUAAAAUGACUUUAACGUGUAGUGUAACGAGAAGCAACCCAAGAUCUGUCACCUACACUUGGUUGAAGGAUGGGAAACAAAUUUGUCACCAAAGUAUUUGUACCCAGAGGAUAUAUACUGUAGAUAGGAUCGAGCCUGAGGACCGUGGCUCCUACACAUGUAAAGCUUCUAACGCCGUGGGUUUUAGAACAUCAGAGCCACUUACAGUCGAUGUUCAAUACGGCCCAAGAAAUACAGCAAUUGCCAACAAGGAAUCUCUUAAGGUGAAAGUUGGUCAAUCCCUCACAUUAACCUGCAACACUGAUGCCAAUCCUGCCCCACAGUCGUACUCCUGGGGCAGUGAAAAUAAAAAUAAACAGCAGACUUUCACAACAACUAAGGAAAAUUUCCUACAAUUGAACAAUGUGCAAAGAGCAGAUGAAGCAUGUUACACGUGCAACGCCAGCAACGCCAUCAGUCGAGGACAUGAUAGUGAACGAGCGUGCAUACAUGUGCUGUAUCCUCCCACUGAACCCAGGCUGUCUAUGGAUGCUGAGGUCACCGAAGGUCAACGCGUCAUUAUCAGCUGCACUGUUGAAAGCUUCCCAACAUCAGAUCUCAGCUUGACGUGGAGUACUGGAUCAAAUCCUCGUCCUGUCACCCUGCUCAGUCGUUGGCAAAGCGACAACACUCUCCAACACAUAUUUAAUGUAAAUUCAUCUGACGCUGGCUUUUACAAAUGCAGUGCCACGAACAGUGAAGGUUCAAACAGCAAACAAAGGGAGUUGGUGGUGAAAUGUGAGUAAUUCAGUGGUGCAUUGUCUUUGUGCUAAUCAAACAGAUCAUAUCAAAACCUAAACUUUGUAUCAUGUUAUUGCCAUUUUUUUCAGUAA